AUGGAUGCGAUCAGGCUGAUGUUCCGUGUGAAUAUCUUGUGGGCCGUGGCAAAGCUGAUGACGGAAGGCAAAGCACUGGCUGAUGCUCUCGCAGCCGCCGCCAGCGACCUGAUGGCGGGCAUGCGCAGAUUGGCCCAGAUGAGCCCAGUCGACUUGUCGAAUCUGUCAUGGGCUUCUGUGCGGCUCGACUUAGAAGCAGUCGAACAGGCCCUGCCGGAGCAGGACUUCUUCAAGACCGCGUCUCCAUCCAAGUCGCCCCGUCUCGCGCACUGCGCCCGCAGCCAUCGGCUGAGGGCGGGCUUUGCAUGUGCCGCUUUCUCAGCCGCGGCGAGCUGCGUGUCCGGGAUCGUGGCCUUCAGUACCUGGGAACCGGCCAUCAUCUUUCAGCAGCGGCACCGCGAUCAGAAGCAGUCGCCCUUCGCAGUUGUGCUCGAUGCAGGGAGCACCGGCAGCCGCGUGCACAUCUACUGUUUCGCAGGAGGCGACGAUUGUGCUGUCGGAAGCGAAGUUGUGAGGAAGACACGGCCCGGUCUCAACAGCUGCUCGGAGCCAACAUGCUUGUCGUCACUCCUGCAGCCACUGCUGUCGGAAGUGACUUCGCGAGUGCCUCAGCAUUUUCUCUCCACGACCCCGUUGGCAGUCCGGGCAACGGCAGGUUUCCGGCUUUUGGAUCCUGUCCAAGUCGACUUCCUCCU